AGACCCUCUUGCUGUCCAAUCCACUAGGCACAUCUCAGAAGGCGCUGGGCGGAUUUUGGCUCUUGGUGGACCUUCUCUCGUUGGCAAAUCCGCUGAGCGUGUCUUUUCCAGCGCUGGGCGGAUUCUUCUCACCUCAAAUCCAUUGGGCGUAGGUCAUGUUCGCUAG